UUCUCUCUCCCUACAAACGAACAUGAGCUUUAGCUGACUGGGUUUUAAAAUUUAAAGAAUACGGGUGAAUAGAGGGGUCGGAAUAUAAGAUCGGAGCACCUUUUGCACAAACAACUUGAGGUUGGAUGCAGCUUAAAUCCACACACAUGGUGAUGCCAGGCUGGGAUUUUCUAUCCAUUGACUAUGAACGGUCGAUUAACCUGCUGCGUGACAGAGAAUGAGUUGGUACACAGAAAAGAUGGGAAGUGUAUUCACAUCUCUGAAGUUUCUUAUGGUAUGGAUGCUGAUACUUUUGACAGAUUUCAUCCUUGAACUUCGAUUUGAAUAUUUAUGGCCAGGUUGGCUAUUUGUCAAAGGGGUGUAUGAUUCCUCUCGAUGUCAGGGCCUUGCUAUUUCCAUACUCUUUGUAUGUGCAGCAUUUACCUCAGAUGUGUUCUGUUUUAUCUUCAUACCACUGCACUGGCUUUUCUUCGUUGCUAGUACAUAUGUAUGGAUUCAAUACCUCUGGAACUCAGAAAGGGGCGUUUGCUUGUCUACUUUGUCACUUUGGAUACUUUUUAUUUACAUAGAAGCAACAUUCAGGUUCAAGGAUUUGAGAAAUUACAACGCCUAUCUUUGCCGGCCAUUUGCAGCCCAUUGCAUAGGAUAUCCAAUGGUGUGUUUAGGAUUCAAAUUUAAAAGUUACAUUUACCACAAAAUUAAAUUAAGGAAACAAAAAGAAGUUCAAAAACAGAACGAGUUUUUCAUGCAUCUUCUUCAGCAAGCCUUACCCUCAACAGAACAGCAACAAACAAGCCAGGAGCAGACAUUGGACAAAGUAUUUAAAGGGCUUUCACUAUGGUCUCAGUACCAGCAUGAAAAUAGAGCCAUUGUCAUUGGGAAGAAGUACAGUUUAGCCUUACCGGAAAUGGACUUUAAAGAAAGAGCUAAAGAGAAGGAGGUCAUAAAGCAAACUCUUGCAACCAAUAAUUGUUUACAAGGAACUGACUCUCGGAUGAGUGAAGCAGAAAGUGUGGAAAACCACUUUGUCAAAACAAUGGAUUAUGAGCCACUUGAAAGCGCUGAAAACCUACCCCAUGAUGACUUGUGUGCCGAAACCACAAAAGUCUGCAAGCACAAAUCGCCAAAGGCACACGGUGCAUCAAAUGGUAAUGUGACUUUUGCCAAGGUGGAGAAGAAGCAAAAAUGCUCAAGCAAAAGCAGCAACACACGCAGAGGGAUCUUGGAGAAUGGCUCUCUAAAUCAUCAGAACAGCAAGCCAGAGGCCAUGCUACGACUGGAAAAUGAUAUAAAGAAACUGAAGGCAGACCUACAAGCCUCUCGGCAAUGUGAGCAGGAACUCCGCAAUCAGAUUAAUGUACUUACCAAUAGCAAACAAAAAGUACGGUCUGAGCUGGUUCAGCUUCGACAAGAAAAUGAGCUCCUGCAGACCAGAAUGCACUGUGCUUUGCAAACGAAACAGAAGGACAAGCAGAACAUUGCGUACCUGGAGAAAAAGCUUCGAGCUGAGCUGGAGGGUCGAGCUCUGCUGGAGAAGCAGGUGAUGGAUGUAAAACGGAGAAAAACAGAAGAAGCUUCGGUUCUCACCCGAACUGCCUCACUCAGUGCAUCUAUCAGGGGAGACUGCACAGACACCUUGAAGAACAGAAUGAAAGAAAUGGAUGCAGAGUAUAAACAGCUGCAGGCAGAACUCAAAAUGAAAGAUGACCAUCUAAGGAAAGUAGAGCAGGAAGUGCAGGAACUUUGUAAAUAUAAAGAAAAUGAACAGGACACAGAAAUGCUGAUGGCAGCACUUUCAGCCAUGCAGGAUAAAACUCAGCACUUGGAAAUCAAUCUCAGUGCAGAGACCAGGAUAAAACUGGACCUUUUCUCUGCUCUUGGGGAUGCCAGGAGACAACUUGAGAUUGCACAAGGACACAUAAUCCAACAAGAUCAGGAAAUUAAAGAGCUCAAACAGAAGGUGGCUGAAGUUAUGGCAGUCAUGCCAGGCAUCACCUACAGUGUUGCGAGCACACUCAGUCCUGCAACUUCACACUAUUCCUCAAAGUUUGUGGAAACUGGGAAUUGUGUACUUGAUCCUAAUACUUUAAUGUACCAGCCUCUGAAGAAAUAAAUGCACUAACCUCCUUAACUAACCUUCAAUUGUGAUUUUCAUCCACCUAUGACUAACGUUGGAGGAUGAGAUGAUCUUGUUUUUCUUAGUAUUCAGAAGUAUUUAUUUUUAUUUUUACUGCAUUUUGGGAUCUUUGGGUACCAUUAAAUGGAAUUAAGGUGCUUUUUAUCAUGUAAUUGACUAGAUUCUCAAAAGAACUUGAGUAUUUGGAAGCAUUUAGUCAUCAUAAUGUGCUUCAAUCUAUCCAAAACAUUAUAAAUUCUGCCUGGAGAUCUCGGUAAAGCACCUUACUGUAUAAUUGGUAUUGAUACAAUAUCUGAACAACAUCAAUGUGGUAUGAUUUAUUUUUAGUGUUAGAAACAACAGUCAAAAUUAACGAUGGGUGAAACAAUAAGUCAACAUUAACAAGCACAUCAUGAAAAGCAUAGGGGUUACUGUUGAAAAACAAUGUUGUGGAAAUAUUACAAUUAAACUAAAGCAAGAACA